UCAAAAUUACUUAAAAGGACGCGACCCUCGUUACCUUCUUCGUUGUUCUUCCCCCCUCCUCCCUCCCCGAUGCCUGCGUUUUGGGGACCUCCUCCGCCUCCCGCCUCCUCGUUGUUGCCUCGAUCCUGAGCGUCUCGGCCGUAUGGCGGCGAAGAAGGCGGCGGAGUCCGUCCCCAAGGCGCUGGCCGAGGAGGUGCGGCGCUGGGGAGCCAUGAAGCGCAACGGGGUGAGCCUCCGCUACAUGAUGGAGUUCGGCGCCCGCCCCACCCCGAUGAACCUCCUCCUCUCCGCCCAGUUCCUCCACAAGGAGCUCUCCGCACGCAUCGCCAGGAGGGCCAUUGAGCUGGAGUCCCUGCCCCUUGGCUUGUCCGGCAAACCGGCCGUCUUGAAGGUCAGAGAUUGGUAUCUAGAUUCUUUUCGUGAUCUUCGAUCCUUUCCAAAAAUCAAAGACCCACAUGAUGAAUUAUCUUUCACUCAGUUGAUCAAGAUGAUCAAGUUGAGGCAUAACAACGUGGUACCAGCAAUGGCUUUAGGUGUACAGCAGCUAAAGAGAGACAUGAAUCGCAAGCUCGUGCCAAAAGAACUUGAAGAGAUUCAUCAAUUUCUCGACCGUUUUUACAUGUCAAGAAUUGGGAUUCGUAUGCUUAUAGGGCAGCAUGUAGCUUUGCACGAUCCUGAUCCAGAACCAGGAUGUGUUGGUCAAAUAAACACUAAACUUUCUCCAAUGCAAGUGGCCCGAACUGCUAGCGACGAUGCCCGCAGUAUAUGUUUCCGGGAGUACGGGAGUGCUCCUGAGGUUGACAUAUAUGGCGAUCCAAAUUUCACCUUUCCGUACGUUCCAUCACAUUUGCAUCUUAUGCUCUUUGAGUUGGUGAAGAACUCUCUGCGUGCAGUACAAGAGCGUUUCAUGGAUUCUGACAAGGAUGCCCCUCCUGUUAGAAUUAUUGUUGCUGACGGGAUAGAGGAUGUUACAAUAAAGAUAUCGGAUGAAGGGGGUGGUAUACCAAGAAGUGGCCUUGCAAAGAUUUUCACUUAUGUCUAUAGUACCGCAAAAAAUCCACUAGAUGAAGACUAUUGUGGAGUCUCGAAUGGAGUAACUAUGGCUGGUUACGGUUAUGGGCUUCCAAUUAGUCGUCUCUAUGCUCGAUAUUUUGGUGGUGAUUUGCAAAUAAUCUCUAUGGAAGGAUAUGGUUCAACACCUUUGGAUGUAGGAUCUGUGUUUGGCCUGGGUCAAGAGAUAAGUUGUGUUUUGAGUUACACUGAGGAACCGAUGCUUACCUUCAUCUGUCUCGACUCGGAGACUCACAAGAACCCCUCCCCUAAGAUGAUGGGCUGGAUGGGGAAGGAAAGAGAACAGUUUGUGGAUAAAACCUCAUCCAUGCUUCAUGUAUGUUGUGAGUUCUUAGGAUUGGGUGUUUCAUGCUUUCUUCUUCUCUUUUCUUCAAGUGAGUGCCAACAUGAAAGGUCUGGACAUGAUUUCAAGAUAGACUCAAACAUGGAAAUCAGAAAAUUAUGGUCAAGUUCAUAUUGCAUGGAUCUUUCAGCUCAUUCGUGACAGCACAAAUCUUUGACAUGGAAAGAUGGAAGCAUCUUGGAUGAUGGGUAGAUCCGAGUGAGGCCUCUCAGAGACGCUUUGUAAUGUCUGCCAUCCUCGUUAAGGAACCGUGCUUGAUGCAGCCAAAUAUGUGUUCAUCAGGGGUGUUGGGAAUCUUUUUGGAUGUGGCCGAAGAUUAAAGUGAGUCCGUGUUCUCUUUUAUGCUUUUUAGCAAAGUAAGAAAAGUACGAUCCAAUGCAUCAUCAGACUUCCACCACCAACACAAGUUGUUCGAUGAAUCCAUGUAUGAUAUAUUGUCUCUAGAAAAAAAUAUUACUUGUUCUUUUCUUGGA